AACGCAGCUGCGACUUGCAAGCAUUUCGGCGACGACUACGACUACGACGACGACGACGACGACGAUGAUAAUAAAUGUUUUUGCAAUAAUAAUGAUAAUAACGUAUUUACAAUAGGCACCGUCGAGGCCGUUACUCGCUCGAAUAACGACAAUGAUAUUAAUGAUAUUAUUAUGUAAAGUUGUAGUACGGACGGUCGAGUGGUGGUGCCGCUGCCUCCUUCGUAAAUCGUUGGUGGUUAUAGAGUUGUUAUAGACGAUCGUCGUACUCCCAUUAAUAAUAAAAAAACAUUUCGUCAUCGUCGCCGUUUCGCCUUUUUAAUAAUAUUCUUUAGUUGUUUUUUUAUUUUAUUUCCCCUACUCUCGUCGUUUGCCAGCCGCCGAUUGAGUGAUGCGCUCGCUCGCGUGACUUGCGACCAUUAUCUCUAGGCUCGACCCGCGCGUCGGCCUUUUAACCUCUAGAUUACGUCUAGACGUUGAUAGGGCCGAAACCAAUAGCUAUACGGUCGUCGUUGGACGGCUGGCGGUGUGCACAAUGUGCAACCGAUGCCUUGCCACCGUCCAUUGCUUGUCCGCUGACAGUGCUCCUUGAUUUUCGUCGAACGAUGCAGGUACCUAAGUGUGGUGACACAAUGACGCCAGAGUCGGCUGACAACGGUCUGUGUGACAAGUCAAUAACGCUCCGCAAGCACCGCAAAAAUAUAUUUAAUAAAUCAGCAUUGAGGAUGGUAGCUGCAGAAAUGACAAAUAAUCAAGAUAAAGAUGUCACUCAAGUGCAAUACAUAGAUAUCAGUCCCGAUUUUCUAACGACUGGACGAACCGGCAGAAGGAACGCUUUACCAGAUAUACUAGGUGAACAUAAACUGACGUCCACAGCUGAUUUGCCCGACCGAUUACAAGCGCUUACAACAAAUGAGGGAGCUGGGACAAGUAAUAUGCAACCAUCAACAACUAGCAGUGAUUCAGACAUGACUAAAACAUAAAAUGCAACAUGUUGAAUGACAAGAUAAAAAUGAAAAAAUAUAAUCUACUGCUACUGUAUGUUCUUCUGAAGGUAAAAUAAAACAAAGUAAAUUCAUCUAGCUUUGCUAGAUGUUAAAGCCUUGAAUAUUUUUGAGUUGAACAGAAAGUCACCUAAUAGUUUUAAUGUACUUCUAGUCUCCUAACAAUCAGACCAAAGCAUAAAAGUACUUUUAUUUUAAUUUUUUUCAUUUAUUUAUUUAGUUCCGUAAUUUUAUUUAUUUUAAUCGAAAGGUUUUGUUCCUCUAUUCAAUUGACUGUAUGUAAUUUUUUUUCUUUUUGUGUAAAACUUUUUUUUGUGAAAAAUAAUUGUAGUGAAUAUUUAAUUCGUUAGUUAUAGAAAAUUAUAUU